AUUUGCAUCUCGAGCCUGACCAGGAGCUUCAUCUAUUGUGACCACUUACCACUCCUUAGCAUCCGUACUAUUGCAUUCAGCCAAGCCCCCAAGCUCAGUCGAUACUCCGCAUUGAACGGUCCCAAAACGUACAAGUUACACGCCAGUCUCCGACCUUGAUCUCUGUUCACAUAGUGCUAUUUCCGCAAACCCCUGAGCAGCCCCCUAUUCUACCACCCCCUUACACCCCUUUGCAACCUACAAUAACAUGUGGUGGUUUAUAGGACGAAAGUCAGCGGCGGAAGGGACGAACAAGGACAUCCGGUUUGACUCGGUCGACAUUGAUCUGUUUCGGAACUUCCGCGCGGCGACCAAUCGCGACUACUUGUGGAUGUGGAUCGUCAUCUUCCUCUCUAUAGCACUUUUGGCCUCCGAUUGCUACACGUGUGUCAACCUCUUGGUGUUCAACCGCUGGGCGCUGAAUGUGGCUCCCAUAAUCCCAUACCGCAUCUCGCGGUGGAUCUUCGCGGCGUGUAUCCUCGCGUCGCUCUCGAUUCUUUGCUUCAACACGGCCAUGGCGAUCCGGACAUACCGCACGCGUGUUGUGUCGCUGAACUACAUUGACCCUAUGGCCCGGAACUGGUACAGUGUAAAGAAUUUUUCGUGUUUCUGCCUUUUCAACGGCAUUGCCACUGACAACUUCUUUGACUGGUGCGUAUUCUACAUCUUCUUUGAGGUCAACGGGAUGAUUCCGCUUGUGGUCUGCGACGGCCCCAGACAAGUGAUCAACGGGCUCCUGAUCUACUCAACGUUAUAUAACGAGAACGAGAGCCACAAUCUCAUUACCGCGAUCAAACUGAUUGCCAAUGUCGAUAACACGGUGGAGGCCGCGGUGCUUUCGUUUAUGACGCUCUCCGUCACCAUUUGGCUCUUUUUCUUCCUCAAGUUGGUACUUGCAAUCGUGCUCGCCAUCCCCAUUUGCUGCAUGAUCGAGAAGCGCGGCUACGCGGGAUUCCACGCGUACUACGUCGAUAUUGUCAAUGAAAAGGUCGAGAGAUUGGUCGCCAAGUAUGACAAAUACCUGACACAGAGAUUCUACAAUGAACUGCGCAGUUCCGUAUCGGAUAUCACAAAGCCCGAAGCCACCGUCUCUCUUCCACAAGCAUUCAGUGAAACAUCCUUCACGACGAUAAAUACCAAAGAUGCGUACACCUGCGAUCUCUUUUCCAGCACAUAUGGUGUUCCACCCUAUACCUCGCACAAGAACUCGUUUCCGUAUGUUAGCAUGAGCGAUAGUCUGUCCAAAUCUUCCAGAAGACCACCGAUGUACGCUUCUAGGAGCAGCAAAGACCGGCUGGUUGGCUCCACCGAAAAUUUGGCCUUCAGUUUACCGACAGAUGAUAUUGAAAAAUCCGUGGGGCCAAUAGAGCCGUAUUCGGUCUUGGAUAGUGGAGCAGCUCUGCGGUACGUACCUCGGCGACAGGUACCGCUCUCCCUUGCUGACUCUCAGAAGCCUAUUGGAUUGAGCCAUACGGAUAUUCCGUUGCAAAUCCUCCCCCCCAGGAAGCGCACCGAUCCCAGCCUCCGCGAGUCUUUACGCUCGCCGUUUGAUGACGUGGAGGCGGAAAUCAACGGUAUUCACAGGUCCGAGCCGUACUUCGAGCCGCCUGCCCCCACCCGCACAAACACCGAUCUCAGUGUUCAUUCCAGCGACCGGUACUUGGAGCAGCGUUCCCCCCUCUUGGAGGAAGCGUUCGACGAUAACUUUGCUGGGAUGCCGAAAGUGUUGACCCCUGAGCCGGUGUUUACGGAUCAACGCUCGGAUAUGUAUAAAUAUUCUUCAAGCCUUCAACGGGAACAAGGCCGCCCUUUUGCCGAGCCCAGGUACGGGGAGAGUGGACAGUUUUUCCCUGAGGAUGUAUCUAUGGAGAGUAACAGUGAACGACAGAGGCACCUUUUCCCUCUGUCCAGUGGGUAUUCCUAUGCGUCCAACACUGGAGGAGAUUCGGAACGAGGGGGUUAUGAAACGAGGCUCAACUCAGCCAGCAAUGCCAAGGCGAAGCGUCUCCCGUAUCAUGAAUAUCAGGAGAAUGGUAGUCCAUUCCGCUAGCACUAAUGUUUAUUUUCAGACUUACGGAUAUGAAUUAAUGUGAUUUUUUAUAGCUAGUUGGGUAAAAUUAGUAUAUGUUGCUGGUAUUGAC